AAUCACAGAAUGGACUCCUGGAAUCUGGCAAUAAGAAUCAUUUUCUUAUUACAAAUUACCACUGGAAUUAUGGGAAACUUUUAUCUUAUGUUAUACUAUAUAAUACGUUACUAUAAAGAAUGCACAUUGAAGCCCACAGAUUUGAUUCUCAUGAACCUAAUGGCAGCCAAUUCCUUGAUCAUUCUGUCUUCAGGAGUGCCCCAAACAAUAGCAGUUUGGGGACUGAAGCAGUUCUUGAAUGAUGUUGGAUGCGUUCUCCUAUUGUACAUUCAAGGAUUUAGUCGAAGUUUGUCCAUUUGUAUAACCUGCCUAUUGAGUGUUUUCCAGGCCAUGACCGUCAGUCCCAGAAAAUCUUGUUGGAAGAACCAUAAAGUCAAAGUUGCUAAGAAUGUUGGCUGCUACAUUGCCCUUCUCUGGGUCAUGUAUAUGCUGAUAAAUUUCAUUUUUUUUGUGUACCCAUUUAUGAAAAUGAAUAAAAAUAAUGUGACGAGAAAACGAGAAUUUGGGUACUGCUCUGUUGCAGGGCAUGAUGAAAUCAGUGAUUCGCUCUAUGCAAUAUUGACAAUGUGCCCUGAAUUCUUCUUUUCCAUGCUCAUUGCCUGGUCCAGUGCCUCCAUAAUCGUUUUUCUGUACAGACACAAGCAGAGGGUUCAGCACAUCUGCAGUUCUUAUCGUUCCAGGAGAAGCUUCCCUGAGUCCAGGGCUACCCAGAAUAUCCUUGUCCUAGUUUCUACCUUUCUGGCUUUUUAUACUCUCUCCACCAUCUUGCGAAGCUGCGUUGGUCUUUUGGAUAAGCAGAAUUUGUGGCUAGUGAAUGUCACUCACCUCACUGCUCUAUCUUUUCCCUCUUUUGGACCCUUUGUUCUUAAGAGUCAUUACUCCAUUGUCUUCAGAUUCAGUUUGGCCUGGUUAAGAAAAAAGUCCCCUAAUUUCAUUAUAACUAUAUAA